AGAAAACUGUUUACGUUGAUGCCUGUUUUUUUCCAGGUUGAUCUGUAAUGAAGUGAUUUUGAGUCUGUAUUGACAUAGUCAGUUUACGUUUAAUUAUUGCUUUUAACUGUAGCAGGAUAUAAAUGGCGAAUUCAGACGUCCAGGCAUUGGAUGAACGAUUGUCUAGGGUAGAAAAACAGAAUGAACAAAUUUUGCGAUGUGUAAUGAAGAAAAAAGAUCAGGAUACUUUCUUUUCCCUAGUUGAAGAAAACAAAGAAAGAGGAAACUGGUCUGGACGAUUUGAUUUCUUUCUGUCAUGUCUUGGCUAUGCUGUGGGCUUAGGCAAUGUGUGGAGAUUUCCAUAUCUAGCAUAUAAAAAUGGAGGAGGAGCUUUUUUCAUUCCAUAUUGCAUAUUUUUGGGGAUUGUUGGUAUACCAAUAUUUUUCAUGGAAUUAUCACUUGGACAGUACAGUAGCUGUGGGCCAGUGACAUGUUGGAAAUUUGCACCAUUAUUUACAGGUAUUGGUUAUGGUAUGGUUGCUGUAUCUGCUUUAGUAGCAAUUUAUUACAACAUGAUUAUAGCAUGGGCCAUUUACUACUUGUUUGCAUCUUUCACAUCAGAGUUACCAUGGGAAACUUGUAUUGGAAAAAACUGGUCAACAGAAUUAUGUUAUGAUAAUGUGAAUAUAACAGAUGAAGAAGGAUGCACACAUAUGCAUUGGAAUCUAAAUAAAACUACUGGAGUUUGUUAUGAUAGCAAUGGUAUCCUCCGGGGAAUGUUCAAUGAAUCACUUGCGAAAAGUUUUGGUAUUAAAAGACUUCUCCCAUCUCAAGAAUAUUUUGAUUAUGUUGCUAUCGGUCAAGGAAAAAGUGGCGGAAUUGAUGACUUGGGUCCAGUGAAUUGGAAACUAGUAUUAUGUUAUUUGGCAGCAUUCAUAUUUGUUGUUUUGACCCUCAGUCAAAGUAUUAAGACAUCAGGAAAGGUGGUGUAUUUUACAGCUACUUUUCCAUAUGUAGUAUUGAUUAUCCUAUUUGUGAGAGGACUGACCCUAGAUGGUUUUAGAGAUGGUAUUGACUUCUACAUAACACCAGACUUAGGGAGACUCCGUGAUUCUCAGGUAUGGAAGGAUGCAGCGGUCCAGAUAUUUUUCUCAUUGUCUGCUUCGUGGGGAGGACUAAUUGCUCUGUCAAGUUAUAAUCGUUUCCAUAAUGACUGUUUAUCGGAUGCAAUUACAGUGGCCUUAGGUAACUGUCUGACGAGUUUUUUUGCUGGAUUUGUAAUCUUUUCGUAUCUUGGAAACUUGGCCAGUAUUUUAGAUGUUCCAGUAGGUGAGGUAGCAGACAGUGGACCGUCGCUAGCUUUUGUUGUAUAUCCUUAUGCUGUAACCAAAAUUCCACCAUCUCCAUUCUGGGCCAUAAUUUUUUUCUUAAUGUUGAUAACACUUGGAGUUGACAGUGAGUUUGUAUUGGUAGAGACCGUGACAACUUCAACCAUGGACAGAUUUCCAACUUUGAGAAAGUACAAAUUUGUGACCGUUCUUACAAUUUGCUUGAUAUUCUUCCUGUUUGGUUUGACAUUGACAACUAAUGGAGGUAACUACAUGUUGACAGUAAUGGACGAUUAUUCUGGAGGCUGGAACGUGUUAGUCAUAGCAUUGUUGGAAUGCAUUUCGGUUGCUUAUGUUUAUGGAGUAAGAAGAUUUUUGGAUGAUAUUGAGACAAUGAUCGGAAAAAGCUUUUGUGGACCAGUCGGUUUCCCAUGGUUUAUCGCUAAAUGGUGGUGGGCAAUUUGUUGGUCCUUUCUCACUCCUUUAGCUGUCUCUUUUGUCCUGGUAUUUUCCUGGGUAACAUAUGAAGGGUAUUCAGACAAUCGUGAAAAGUAUCCAGAAUGGGCAGAUGCACUAGGAUGGAUGAUGACGUUAUUUGUUUUGGUUACAAUCUUUGUUGCAUCCUUAUGUGUCUUUAUUUGGACACCAGGAAGUUUUGAGGAGCGUAUGAGGUACUUAACGCACCCUUCAAAUGAGUGGGGCCCUGCACUUGUUAAACACAGACGAGAGGCAAAGAAAUUUAUUGACAAGUGGGACACAUCCUUUGAAGUAGAUCCGCUUGGAAAAGAAGCAUUGGAAAACGAAGUAUCACCAAACGAUAUAAACAUAGAGAUUUAUGACAAGUCUGGAAAAGAAAAUCAGGCUUAUGUUAGUGACAGGAUGUGAAGACCGAGUUGACAUAGAAAGUGUAUGAUAACAGGCGUGUAUAUUUAGGGAAAAUAUAGUUUCUCGCGUUGGUGGAAAUAUUCAUAUUCUGAAGCUGCAUAUAUAAGAAUAAAAUGUUCUUGGUUUUUUUUUUUAUAAAUUUUAAGUAAUUAGCUCAACAAGAAAUAUAAAUGUAUGAACUUUUUCUAUGUCCGCCACAGUCCAGUCUCAUAUCGAUGUCCUGUUCUCAAGUCUAAGUCCAGUUUUUCGGCAUAAUAACCUAUAAUCAAUAUCAAAAUAUUUCAUCCUUACAUCGACGUCUGUUAUUUUUGGUUCAUUUCAUUGAAAAAUUAUUAAGAAAAUGCUGUUGUCUUUCAAAAUUACAGUUUUGAUCAAUCUUUAAGCAUUCAUGAAAAAACGAGAAACGAAAACACAAAUGAACCACGCCAACAAACGACAACCAGUGAGCAACAGGCUCCUUUAUAAUACAUAUUAUAAUUAAUUUUUACCGAAGAAAUUGUUUUAAUCCACUACUGCGCACAUGAACUUUUCCAAAUAAAUAAAAAUAGCAGAGUGGGGAAGUGUAUGCUAACAAUUUUUUUUAUGAUCUUGAAUUGUAUUUGACUUACCAUUUAUCGGAAUACUUUACCUUUUAAUUCUCUGAUUCAAAGUGUAUUUUACCUUUCUAUAAAAGAAAACAAUCUAUGACUUAGAUUUGAGAAAGAAGGAAAAAGUCGACGAUUUUGAAAAGCGGUGACCGUACUCGUCGUACAUAGAUCUGAAUCUAGCAUAUAUGCCAGAAAUAUUAUCAUUAAUACUUACAUAUUUAACCAUUAUAAUAUAUGCAUAAAAUUAUACGAAAAAUA